GGAGCUGGCCAAGUGCCGGGAGCGUGCCAACGAGCAGCGGGUGCUGGAGCUGACCGCCCACAACGAGCAGCUCCGCAGAGAGAUCCAGCGGCUCAGCACAGAGGUGGAGCGCACGCGGACGGCCCUCAUCGACCGCAUUGUGAACCUCCGCCGCGUUUAA